GCCCUGUCUAAUGAACAUGUCUCUGAAAUGCAGCAUGACAUAUUUGUUUGUACAAGACACUACAAGACACAGUAGAGGAUGAAGAACCAACAGCACACCUCCAGAUACCUGCUGCUCAAUGUGUGGUGCGGGUUUCUCACAGUCGCCAUGGUGAUUAUGGCCGCAGUUCUCACAACAGUGCAAAUAAGCUCACCUGACAAGAGUCAUAUACCUGAAUCAAAGGAGGAAAACCAACACCCUACAAAUGGUAGUUUUUUGGCUCAAUUGAAUUCAUCAAAGGCUCCCCAUCUCUCAUAUAUCCAGCUGACCAUGGGAAGGGUGUCUUGGGAGAAUGACCAUGAUAUCCCCGUCUGUGGCUCUUGCUCCCUUGUCCUCCGCAACAACUCUGUCUACAUCGCAUCUGAAGGCUUCUACUACUUCUUUGCCCAGGUCACCUUCACUAGGUACACCAGGGGAGAGGAGAAGAGGAAGGUGACUCUGAUCAAAAAUGCCAUUCAAAAUAAGAUAGCGCAGAGGAGCCUGAGUGAAGCCGUGUAUCACGGAGAGAAAGAGGGCACUGUGUUCAUGUCCAGGAUGGUUAAGCUCCAACAAGGUAACAGUCUGAGCCUUGAGAUAACACCCAAUAGUUUUAGGAAUGGGGGAGAGAAUACCUACUGGGGGGCAUAUCAGCUCCCCCCAUAUUGAGACAACAGACAUUGUUCUUGAGACUUAGUUCAAGACUGAACCAAAAAAGCU